AUGGCCUUUGCUGGCGCAAUACUAAUUAUUGUCGGCUUGAUCCCGGAGACUUACGCCCCUGUCAUUCUCAAACGGCGUGCCAAGAAGCUGCGCAAGGAUACCGGUAACCCGAAUAUCAUCACUGAGCAGGAGAAGGUUAAAUUGAGCCUACGCGAUAUCGUCCGCACUAGCUUGAUUCGUCCCAUCACAAUGAUUCUAACUGAAUUAGUGCUGGAUUUGAUGUCUAUGUAUAUCGUUUUGAUUUACUCUAUGUUGUACGCAUUUUCUUCGCUUAUCCGACUCCUCGGAGCCUUACUGGGGGCUCCAUUCAUCCCUAUUUCUUUGUUUAUUCUGGGCGCAACAUCAUUCAAGCACAUCAUCUGGGUGGGGCCAUCCUCCUCAGGUAUUGCGUUUGGUUUUGGCAUGGUACUAUGUUACUACUCGGUGAAUAAUUAUAUCAUCGACUCGUACCAGGAAUUUGCUGCGUCCGCUUUGGCAGCUAAGAUGUAUGAUCGUUUGGGAUUGCAGUGGGCGUCGUGGCUCUUGGCUUUUCUUGGGGUGGGGAUGACUUUCAUCCCCUAUGUGUUUUAUUUCUUUGGGGCAAGGCUUAGGGCAAAGCUCAGCAGAGAUUAG